AUGGAGACUGGCGCUUGCCCAAGCCCCCAGCGCCUGCUUAUCUCCCUGCAGCCGCUCUUCCUCUUGCUGCUUCUGGGGCCCAGCCGGCCUGGCACCGCUGAGGAGGUUGUCCUUCUGGAUUCCAAGGAAUCCCAGGCUGAGCUAGGCUGGACUGCACUGCCCAGUAAUGGGUGGGAGGAAAUCAGUGGAGUGGAUGAAAACGACCGACCAAUCCGAACCUACCAGGUGUGCAACGUGCUGGAACCCAACCAGAACAACUGGCUGCAGACAGGUUGGAUUGGGCGGCGCGGCGGGCAGAGGAUUUUCAUCGAGCUCAAGUUCACCCUUCGCGACUGUAGCAGCAUCCCAGGGGUGGCAGGAUCUUGCAAGGAGACCUUCAACCUAUACUACACUGAGGCAGAGGCGGAGGCUGGGGCGGGCGUCGAGGGGGAAGGAAAGGCUGGGGCCGCUCUAGGAGGAACCUUGCUGGAGAGCCGCCAGCGCAAGGUGGCCACCAUCGCAGCAGACGAGAGCUUCACGCAGGGGGAUCUGGGCGAGCGCAAGAUGAAGCUCAACGUGGAGGUGAGGGAGAUCGGGCCCCUGAGCAGGGACGGCUUCCACCUGGCCUUCCAAGAUGUGGGUGCCUGCGUGGCCCUGGUCUCCGUGCGAGUCUAUUACAAGCAGUGCCUGGCCACGGUGCAGAACCUGGCAGCCUUCCCAGACACCGUGGCCGAGGCUGCCUUCUCCUCGCUGGUGGAGGUCACUGGCACGUGUGUGGCCCACUCGGAGGGGGAGCCCGGCCGCCCUCCCCCUCGAAUGCACUGCAGUGCCGAUGGGGAGUGGCUCGUGCCUGUGGGCCGGUGCAGCUGCAGCGCCGGCUUCCAGGAGCGGGAGGAGUCCUGUGAAGCCUGCCCCCCUGGAUUUUACAAGGUAUCCCCGCGAAGGCCACUCUGUUCCCCGUGUCCCGAGCAUAGCAGCGCUCUGGCCAACGCCUCCACGCUCUGCGUCUGCCAGGACAGCUACUCCCGCUCUCCAGCGGACCCACCCUCAGCCUCCUGCACCCGUCCUCCGUCUGCCCCCCGGGAUCUAGUCUACAGGCUGAGCCGCUCCACUUUGUUGCUGCGCUGGAGUCCCCCGGAGGAUUCUGGCGGCCGCUCCGACAUCACUUACACGGUCCUGUGCCAGCGUUGCGGGGAGGAUGACCCGGGCGUGGAGCAGGGGCAAGAGUUUGGCCAGGGACCCGAGAGUGCCGAAGGCACCUGCGAGCCCUGCGGGCCCAGCGUGAGUUUCGUGCCGCGCCAGACCGGAUUGCGAGAGAGGACAGUCACCUUGCUCCACCUGCUCCCGCACUCCCGCUACACCAUCCGGGUGGCGGCGCUCAACGGCGUCUCCGGCCUGGGCGCUGGGGGGACCACUUACGCUCAGGUCACCGUGCCCACGGGUCUGGCGGCUCAGUGGAUUGAGAACCAGAUCCAUCCAGACCGAGUGGAACCCAAGAGUGUCUCUCUCUCCUGGGAGGAGCCAGGGUUCCCAGGGGCCCCAGGAGCCAAUAACACUGAGUAUGAAAUUCAGUACUUUGAGAAGAGUGGCCGGAGCCCAGUUCUAUGGGCUGCCCCAGAGACUGUCCAGUUGGGCCAAUUUACCUCAUCCAGUGAUGUGUGGAGCUUUGGAAUCCUCAUGUGGGAGGUGAUGGCAUUUGGAGAGCGGCCAUACUGGGACAUGUCCAGCCAGGAUGUGAUCCAGGCCGUCGAGGAUGGCUUCCGGCUCCCACCUCCCCGGAGCUGCCCCUCCGCACUGCACCAGCUCAUGCUCCAUUGUUGGCGGAAGAACCCCAAGGAGCGACCUAGGUUCACACAAAUCCAUAGUAUCCUGUGCAAGAUGGCAAAGGACCCAGAGAAUCCCCCAAUAACAGCCCUCACCUGCCCCAGGCCCACUGGCUCCCUGUGCGAUUAUUCUUUUCCCACCUUCCCUUCCUUCAGGUCUGUGGACGAAUGGCUGGAGGCCCUGAACUUGGACCAAUACAAGAAUAGGUUUGCCUGUGCUGGUUAUAAAUGCCUGGAGUCUGUGGCCAUGUUGAGUCUUGAUGACUUGUUCCGUCUCGGCAUCUUCAAUCGAGCACAUCGAGAUAUCCUCCUGAGUGGGAUUCGAAUGCUUCGGACCCAAGUAAUCGAGCUGCAGGGCCAGGGGGUCCAAGUGUGA